GGCACUGCUGUUUAUCAAUCGGAGGAGGACAAGGAUUCAGAUGCUGAACAGAGCUCAACUACUGAGACAGCUACUGCGAAUGCAGCAACAGCCAGUAGUACCCAAAAGCGAACAGACGUUGAGGAGUUAGCUCUUGACCCAAACCACAAUUACUUCAUUUUCGCGGACACCCCAAAGACCGACCACAGCAAGGGUAGAGUAGCCGAGGUACGGGCGCGGUUUGAGCGCUGCAUUUCAUUGUGGAGCACCUCUACAGUUGAAGCUGAUGCACCACCGCAGCCAGCCCCAAGGUUAUCUCAAAGUGGAGUCCCUGGGAAAAAUACAUCUCUUUCAGGUGCAGAACCAGACGAAGAUUAUGCAAGUGCUCUUAAACGCAAGUCCACAAUUCGCCGACAGACCACCGACAAAACAACGGCUGAAGGGAGACCUUUAUCUCGAUCUAGUUCAAAGUUUAAGAGUUCCGGAGGGACAGGAGAUGGCACCAGUGCCGGUGGUGGUGGGACCGAUGGCAAUGCGGGAAAAGAUGGCGGGAGUGGUGAAGGUGUUAGGAUUCCCAUGUGCGGACUUGUGAUUGGUGGGGAUCGAUUCACGCUUCGACAAGUCUACUGCUCCAUAAUGCAGAAUCAGUGUCCCAUGGUGGUAGUGAAGGGUACGUCUGGUGCUGCUGACGUAAUUGCCUUUGGACUAGAGGCGGCUACCAAAAUGGAGACAGAAGAAAUUAUGGAAGACAAGGAGGCGAUUACCCUAGAAACAAGGUCAGUUGUCUGGUUGACAAUCGAAUCCCAAAAAGAGGCCAUUUUGGCAACUCAACAUGUGGCAUUCUGCUCAUAUUAA